CACACCUAAGGUUAAUAAGGUAAGUAUUUAACUAAUUUAUGUAUGAUUCAACCACAUUGCUCCAUCAUAAAGGCUCAAGUUUAUCAUGUUCAUAAUACUUACUUAGAUUAGUACUAGCUGCACUUCGAUAAAAGACAACUGGAUGGAUUUGUAGAUCCAUCUGGCGUAAACAAAAUAUGAAGCUAUCGCUAGGUAAAUUUGCUCCGGAUCGAUGCGAUCUUCGUACCAUGUUAGAUAAUGUGGCGAUAAUACUCCGCUUGGUCACUAUUAAUAUUGAUAAAAAUAAUAAUAAACGCAUCCCCUUGGUCUUUCACCUUACAGUUUUUGUCGCAGCUGCUGGAUAUAUCUAUAUUUAUGUAUUCUCAAUGUUCUGGUUUGUAUUCGUACGUUGCAGAGAGACCGGAGACUUUACUGCGGCUGCCGUCGUAUUUUCUCUUGGUGUAAACAGCGAGACCAGUGCCACAAAAUUCCUGUUUAUGGUUAUUUAUAAAGAUAAGUUACAUGGAAUGUUACAAAGAUAUUUAGAAAGUGAUUCUAAAGUAGUACCUGAAUCACGGUUUGCACGAAAUUUGACAAAGAAAUUAUAUGUAAUAAAAAAGAGAGCCAGUUUUGUAUGGUUAGCGAUAAAUGUAAUGUCUUUGGCUUACGUUUUACUUCCAUUACUUAUGCCUGGACGACACUUUACAGAAGACUAUUAUGUAAUAUACGGCUUGGAACCAAUGAUCGAAUCUCCGAAUUAUGAAAUUGCUUCAACAUUUAUGUCGAUAACGAUUUUGACUGGAAUUUAUGUAGUAGCAGGAGUUACUGCAUUUAUAUUAGUAAUCAUCGGUUACAUUGAAGCUCACAUAUUAACAUUAAGUGAUGAAAUGCUUGCUGUUUGGGUAGAUGCAGAAAGCCGUUAUGAAGACAUUGAAAGUAGAGGAACAAGCGAUGAAGUUAAAAUACUUUCUUUGAAUAAAUAUAUACAAAAUAGACUUAAAGAAAUAAUAACUUUUCAGAUUUUGGAUAUUAAUCUUUUAAACGAUUUCGAGGAAGUCUUCAGAAUAACGAUGGCAGUUGACUUUUUUCUGAUAACUGUUGGCAUCGUACUAGAACUCCUUGGUCGUAUAGAAAAUACUUAUUUGGAAUUGCCGUACACUUUUCUCCAAAUAUUUAUGGACUGUUAUAUAGGGCAGAAAUUAAUUGAUGCGUGUAAUAUUUUUGAAAAUGCGAUAUACAAUUGUAAAUGGGAAAAUUUCGACAAAGCAAAUAUGAAGACCGUUUGUAUUAUGCUGCAGUGUUCACAAAAAUCACUUUCACUGACGGCGGGAGGAUUAGUAAAACUUAAUUUUGUUUGUCUCAUGUCUGCGAUGAAAUCUACUUACUCUUUUUAUACUACUCUUCAAUCCACCGUUAAUAAAACAUAA